AGACAUAUGCGUAAAUUGUGGAGCCUCUUUAUUCCAGCACGACGUAAAUUUUAAAAAGUUAGCAAAAAUCCACAGUAAGUUAUGCAAAAGAUAACGAAAUGUUACUUUUUAACACGAGAAAAUGAAGAAGAACAGGAGGCAGAGAAAAUUAUAGAGGAGAGAGAAAAGAAAGAGGAGGACAGGGAAGUGGGUAACAAAGGCGAUAUUUCGGUGGUGGAAUCCAGUAAUAUCUCGGAGAUAGAAGAGACGCAAGAAGCUUUGGAGGGAGAAGAAGACAUGAAUGAAAGAGAGGAAGAGGAGGAGGAGGAUGAGGAGAAAGCUAGAUACUAUGCUCAUGAUGUUAAAGAUAUUUCAUAUACGCCGGUUAAAUGAUACAAAUCAAUCGAGUCGAUAUUCCGAAGAUUUUUACGCGAGUGAACGAAGCAACUAAGUACAAACCGGUGGUGGCGCCGGCAGAGAUGACGCCGAUCUAAUAAACGAAAGAGAGGAGAAUCCUGCUGACAUCGAGGAGCAUCGUCAUUAUCACCAUCAGCAACAGCAUCAUCGACACGAGAUUGGCAAACAAUUUAAUUUCUUAAAGUUAAUAGGGCGGAAAACUCGCGGCGUUUCAGAAAUUUCGGCAUUCUCGGAAGAGAAGCAAGUUUCGUAAUAUGGUCAAUACCCGAAGGCGCGAAUAUCGUUUGCUGGUUAGAAAACGUGUUCCGCGAAAUCUACGCGUAUGCGAUACGUUUGUGCGAACCGGGCGAUUACGUAAGAAUAUCGCUAAUUUGGCGAAUCUAGUGCAUGGUCCGGCAGGACUAUCGCUUGUCCGGUACGCGACUUCCGAGGAUAGGGGAUACCCCUAGUCUUCGAAUCAUUUUUGCUUCAUGCGCCCUCUUCGAUGUAAAGUCGUUACCGAGAAUCCAGGGAAAAGUAUACGUAGGAGUGGUACGACGGUACAGAAAGAAAUGGCAUGCAAGGGAUGAGAAUGAGUUCAAAGGUAGAGCAAAUUAUAAAUACAAAAGAGAUCGCGUCGCAUUCGUGUUCUAUGAUUUCGAAAUGCGACAGGACGAGACGUGUGAAGGAACCGAAAAUGUACAAAUUCACGUUCCGACUUUUUGCGUCGCACAACAAAUUUGCGAAACAUGUGCAGGGAUAAAGGAUAUGUUGGUGCGAUAUCGUUGGU